ACCACCCGUCGCAGCAGCUGCAACAGAAAACCUUCCUCCCGCCGAUGACCCAAGCUCCGGCGCGGCGGCUCGAAUGGCGCUGAACCCCCCGGCCCCGCAGAGCCUCCGGUUCUCGCUCCGCUCCACUCCGCCGCAGCCCUCCGCCUCCGCCGCCUCCCGCCGCCUCCUCCUCUUCUCCGACCUCGCCGCCUGCUCCCGGCUCCUCCGCUGUCCUCCAUGGCCGCAGCUCCGGAGGCGCAAGGCGGGGCCGUCCCCGGCGAAGUGCGUCGCCGGGUCGGCGGAGGAGGGGGGCCGGUGGAGCGACUCGGAGACGCUGGUCUCCGACGGCGACGGCGGCGACGGUAGGGUCCCCGGCGAGGACGGGGGCGGCCGGCCGUCCAGCGACUAUUUUUCCAUCGGGAUACGAGAACCGGUUUACGAGGUGGUGGAAGUGAAGUCGAACGGGAUGAUAUCGACUCGGAAGAUCAACAGACGGCAGUUGCUGAAGUCGAGUGGCCUUCGUCCGCGAGAUAUACGAAGUGUUGAUCCAUCGCUCUGGCUGAUAAAUUCGAUGCCUUCUUUGCUGGUCCGUGAGCAUGCCAUUCUCCUUAAUUUGGGAUCAUUACGGGCAAUAGCAAUGCCAGAACGUGUGCUCCUAUUUAACUAUGACAGUAGAGGAGGAAAAGCCUUUAUAGAAUCAUUGUUGCCUCGAUUAAACCCCGACAUGAAUGGAGGGCACUGUAUGCCUUUUGAGCUUGAGGUUGUUGAAGCAGCCUUGAUUUCACGUAUACAACGUUAUGAGCAAAGACUGAUGAAUCUCGAACCUCGUGUUCUAUCUUUGCUCGAGGUUUUACCCAACAGAUUGACAGCUGAUAUCCUAGAGGAACUCCGUCUUAGCAAGCAGGCCUUGGUGGAACUGGGUUCGAGAGCUGGAGCUCUGAAACAGAUGCUCCUUGAUCUUCUGGAGGAUCCUCAUGAGAUACGCCGCAUAUGUAUAAUGGGAAGAAAUUGCAUAAUUACAAAAGGGAGUGAUAACUUGGAAUGUUCUGUUCCUCUUGAAAAACAGAUAGCUGAGGAAGAGGAGGAAGAAAUUGAGAUGCUUCUGGAAAACUACCUGCAAAGAUGCGAAUCUUGUCAUGGUCAAGCUGAAAGACUCCUUGAUUCUGCCAAAGAGAUGGAAGACUCUAUCGCUGUCAAUUUAAGCUCUCGGAGGCUUGAAGUCAGUAGGGUGGAGUUACUUCUUCAGGUUGGAGCAUUUUGUGUGGCGGUUGGUGCGUUGGUUGCAGGUAUUUUUGGUAUGAAUCUCAAGUCCUAUCUCGAAGAACAUGUGUUCGCAUUUUGGCUGACAACUGGCGGAAUUAUUUUUGGUGCUGUCGUGGCUUUCUUCCUUAUGUAUGCAUAUCUCAAGGCAAGGAAAAUACUGUAACUUGGAUACCAAUUCUUGGUCGCAUGGCAGGGGAGCUCAAGAUGUUGUCCUUUGUUUGUUAUGAGAGAACCCACAAGCAUUACAAGAAACAUAGAGGAAGAUCUCUUAUCGAGCAGUCAGAUCCUUCUACUCUGGAACUUGUUUGCGCUUUGCAGAAUGCGGAUCUUUAGUGAUGUUCCAAAGCCUACCCAGAUAAUAAGUGUUUGCUGUAAGUUGGCGUGCGCGCCACAGUAACUAUAAAUGCGCAGUCAGAUUGCUCCCGCGAAUAUGCUCCUAGUCGCUUGCGCUGAGCAAGGAGCUACGAGCAAGGAGCUAAGGUCAUGCGAUUGACGGUUGUUUCCCACUCCCAUUAGUCUGUACAGAUGUAGGGGACGAAUGAGCCAGUCCUCAUUUAGCGAUCCCCGUGGGAUGUAAUGUGCCAUUAUUUAACCAGAUUAAUUCUGGGAAUAAAACGAUAGUUCUGCCGGUUUAGAUGCCAUGGCACAGUGAUGAUUUAAGCUGCAAAAGUUCAAUUGAAUAAAUUAAAUUUUUUUUUUAAUCA